UUUGUAGGGAGGCAGCACAGCAGGGCCAAUGGGGCAGCCCCUCCACGCUGCGAGCUUCGGGGUGCAGCUCGGCUGCCCCGAGGGCCACAGUGCACUGCUGCAGCUGCAAGAAGCCGAGCUCCGCCAGCUGGAGGCCCUAAAGAAGUGGAUGGGCCAGCGUGCCAAGAGCGACCGGGAAUAUGCUGCCCAGCUCCACCAGAUGUACAGCUUGGCCGAGAAGCAGCAGGAGAGCAGCCGGCAGCCCAGCCUCGGCCAGAUCAGCCAGUGCUGGUGGUCGCUGGUGACCCAGACGGAGGCCCUGAGCCAGCUCCUGAAGCAGCAUGCCGAGGCCCUGGUCUCUGGGCCCCUCCACAAGCUGGGCCUGCUUGCCCACAGCAAGCAGCUGCUGCGUCGGACCUACAGUGAGCAGUGGCAGCAGCUGAGCCAGGAGUUCACCCGGGCCACUCAGCAAGAGCCGGAACGCCUGAAGGCCCAGUACCUGGCCCACAUCCGCGAGAGCGCCCAGGCCAAGCGCCGGUUCCAGGAGGCCAGCAAAGAGAAGGAGCGAGAGAAGGCCAAGGAGCGCUACGUGCGGAGCCUGUGGAAGCUCUAUGCGCUGCACAACCAGUACAUCCUGGCCCUCCGGGCGGCCGAGGUGCACCAUGCCCACCACUUCCAGCGGAUGCUGCCCGGCGUCCUCCGGUCACUGCACGGCCUGCAGCAGGAGAUGACCCACAUCACCAAAGAGGCGCUGCAGGAGUACACCACCAUCAGCAGCCUGGUGCAAGAGGAGAUGGUGUCCGUGCACCGAGCCAUGGGCAGGGCCCUGGAGCGCCUCCAGCCCACCCUGGAGUACAGCAGAUUCACGCCCCCGUGCCAGCGGGAGGGGGAGCCCCAGUCAGCAGCGGCCUUUGACCAGAGCCUCCUGGAGGACCUGGAGACGGAGGGCCUGGAGGCCGGCCAGCUGCAGCUGAACGAGCUGACCCUGGAGAGCCUGCAGCACACGCUCAGUUCGGUGGAGGAGGAGCUGGCUGGAGCCACCAGAAGCGCGGAGGACCUCCAGCAGCGGGUCCAGGCCCUGCAGGGGGGACUCCAGCAUGAAGAGCGGGCCGGAGGCGGCUCAGGCUCCUCGGAGGGGCGCCUCCUCUUGCUGGGGAAGCACCAGGCCCACCACGAAGCCCUGCACCAGGCCCAGCUGGCCCAGUGCACCCAGGCCAAGCUGCAGGCCCAGAAGGAGCUCCUGCAGCGCAAGCUGGACCAGCUCGGCUCCAGGGACCCCCCGCCUGCCCCAGCCCUGAAGGAGGACGCUCAGGCUCUGGCAGCCCCAGGGGCGCAGCAGGAACGUGACGGGGGUCGAAGGCUGGCCUUGGAGGCCCUGAAGCACCACAUCACUGGCAUCUUCCGCCCACGUUUCUCACUGCCGCCCAUUGCCCCCAUUGUGCCAGAAGUGCAGAAGCCCCUCAGCCAGCAAGCCUGGUAUCACGGGGCCAUCCCCCGCCUGGAAGUCCAGCAGCUGCUGCGGGCGGAUGGUGACUUCCUGGUGCGGGAGAGCCAAGGCAAGCGGGAGUACGUCCUGUCUGUGCUGUGGGAGGGCCAACCCCGCCAUUUCAUCCUCCAGGCCCUGGAGAACCAGUAUCGCCUGGAGGGCGAAAUGUUCCCCACCAUUCCGCUGCUCAUCGACCAUUUCCGGAAGACCAAGCAGCCCGUCACAAAGAAGAGCGGCAUCCUCUUGGCCAAGCCCGUCAUCAAGGACAAGUGGGUGCUGGACCACGAGGAGGUGCUGCUUGGGGAGCGCAUCGGGCAGGGCCACUUUGGGGAGGUGUUCAGUGGGCGCCUGCUUUGUGACAACACACCUGUGGCCGUGAAGACCUGCCGUGAAACUCUCCCGCCAGAGCUGAAGGCCAAAUUCCUGCAGGAGGCCAGGAUCCUGAAGCAGUAUGACCACCCAAAUAUUGUCCAACUCAUUGGCGUCUGCACUCAGAAACACCCCAUUUACAUCGUCAUGGAGCUGGUUCAGGGAGGGGACUUCCUCAGCUUCCUGCGGAACGAGGGGGCCCAGCUGAACGUGAAGGAGCUGCUCCGGAUGAUGCAGAACGCUGCCGCAGGGAUGGAGUACCUGGCUAGCAAGGGCUGCAUCCACCGGGACCUGGCAGCACGGAACUGUCUGGUGACGGAGCACAACGCCCUCAAGAUCAGCGACUUCGGGAUGUCCCGGCAGGAAGAAGACGGCGUUUACUCCUCCACGGGGGGCAUGAAGCAGAUCCCUGUGAAGUGGACAGCACCAGAAGCCCUCAAUUAUGGCCGGUACUCCUCGGAGAGUGACGUGUGGAGCUUUGGCAUCCUGCUUUGGGAAGCCUUCAGCCUGGGGGCUACACCGUACUCUACCAUGAGCAACCAGCAGGCCCGGGAGGCCGUCGAGAAGGGAAAGCGGAUGAGUGCCCCCGAUCAGUGCCCAGAGGAGGUGUACCAGCUCAUGUUGAGGUGCUGGGAAUCCCACCCCCCUGAACGACCAACAUUCAGCGCUCUCCUCCAGGAACUGGUAGCCCUGAGGAAGAGGCUGCCAUGAAGGCACCAGCCCCAAGGGCCCCCCCUCUCCCCGGCUGCUGACUUUGGGCCUCCUUGCCCCACGCCAUGGCC